AUUAUCGGCACAAGUUACGUGCUGCCGGGUGUACAGCAGUGUUGGUGAACAAGACUCGAAUGUUUGAAGAUGGGAAAACUAAGCGGAAGAUCAAGAAGCCAAGGCGAUCUGAAACCAACUUCCUUCCAGAUAUACCUGAUGAAGACACCUUUACUUCCCUUGAAGAGGACAGGAAGACACUUCUGAUGGAAUUUAAAAAGGUGAAUCCCAACAACAAGAUAAUUGAUGCAGCCAUGGCAAACACUUAUGCUUUGAGAAGAAAGGAGAUCGUUGAUGAUGAGCCUCUUGUGAGUAUGGUCAAAUCCAGAUGGCCUGCACUGUUCUCGGAGAGACAGAUCCUUGCGGAAUUCAGCCGUCUGAUGUCUACUGAUCUCCUGAGCUCCUUCUUUGGUGGACUUGAUGAAUAUCUGCCCAGGUUUCUUGACCUUUUCAGAAAAAAGGAUCACAUUGCAGAGCUCCAAGACAUUGUUAGAUGGCUGGACGCUCAUGAUUCCAAUCAGAAUAAGCGAACAGCAGUCUUACUUGGCAUGCCGCAUUUCCUUCGUGAAGAGCCCUCAAGCUUUCUUAAGACCUGUGAGCCAACUGAUCCAGUUGAAGAUACCUUGAAAGGAACCAGUGUCGGGAUCCUGAUUGUGUCUGAAGAGAUCGGCAGAUAUGUGGUCCCAAUCGAGACCAAUGACAUUUGUCUCGUCUUGGAGGAACAGCUGGCUGUCAUGAAUAUUUCUGAUAUUCCCAAGGCAUUCGGACUAAUGAUGGGUCUGAUGUAUGCGCUCAAUGUUGACUACCCAAAGCAUCUCAAAUAUACGUUUGAAGUAAUGCAAAAGCUUUUCUUGAAUGUCGGAGGGUGUAGCUGCUCUUCACGUGUUAAUGGUCUCCGUAACAGGCUGCUUUACAUAAAGUUGUAGUGCAGAAAUCUCCCCUAGCAUUUGGACUUGGUCUUCAGAUAUUUUUUUUGCUUUCAUAUUUGGACUUUGAAAGUGGAAACUGUUUGCCCCUUUAAAUGGCUCUUGGCAACUUGUUUUUCUGUUUUAUGCAAUGUAGCACAUGGGUUUGGUCCCGAAAGUGAAGGUUUUCUUUAUUCACUUUUGUAUUGUUUUGUGCCCUUUGCUCCCAUGUGUGGACUUUGAGAAUGUUAUCUAUGCUUAAAAGGGCAUAUUUUUUUUUACAGUGUACCACCUGAAAGCAGGUUGGAGGGGUGGG